UGGGAUCCGGGGGGGCUUAUGUGGGCUGUGGUACUCCAUCUGUUGUUUCAGCAGAUGUUUUUAACACAGUCAUCGGCGUGGAAAAAACAGGAGCGACCUAAACUGGUUGUUAUUUUACGUUAGAUUGCGAUGGAGGGUGUGUUUCCCAAGGGGCUGUGAGAGGGCAGGCAGACAAAUUGCUGUUUUGGUGUGCUUUGGAUAGGCAGGCGAUGCUCACCAGCUCAGCUAUCUCCUGAUCCACGCUUAAUGCCCGAGGCUGCACUGUUUAAAGAAAGGGGGGAGAAAGCAGGUCUUCGUUCGUCUGGUUCCAGCCAUGCAGGCAGUGUUGUCCAGGUGGCACCAAGCCAGGGGCUGAGACAGAAGUGGAGAAGGUGACAUCGGGCAAAAACCACCUCGGAGGUCUGUUGUUGCCCUUCCCUCGUGCUGGGUCUUGUCCGAAACUCAGGGGACUCCUCUAGGUAAGAAACUGCUGCCUCCUUUGGGGCUUUCACUGCCUCCUGGGCUGCUCUAGGUUGAAAUCUCUCAUGUUCUGUUCAUACUUUGCAGCUACACGUCCGAUUCAUGGAUGAGAAAGUGGCCAACAGCAGGUCUGCAGUAAGAGGGUCUGGUUACAGGGCUUGUAGGUUAAGUGUGGAAGCCUUGACUGUACAAUGAAGCUGUUGGCCAUUAAUUGUUUAUGCUGGUGGGCCAUGUAGGGUCUACAACGUGCUGACAGUCUGAGCCAGUUUUCAGAUCGGGGAUGCCUAGAUAAUUUAUGUAUACAAAACCCAGGCUGACUGUAGACAUGUCAUCACUAAAUGAGCUGGGGGUUUGCUGCCAAGUGUUAUUUUAAGACUGGUUUGGAUGUACUUAUGUAUGUGUGUGUGUGUGCGUUGCUGUAUAUAGAUACAUGUGUGUGUAUGUGUGUCUGUUUCUGAAUGUGUAUGUAUAUAGACACAAAAUUUUUUAGAGGUGUCUUUGUAAGAGUGUUUCUAACUACAGGCUUCUGCAUGUUAAGAUUUUGGCCAAUUUGGAAAGUUUAUAGGCAGAGUAAGCUGAAAGGUGUAAAAAGAGCAAAAAAAUUGAGAUCUCCUAGUCCCAUUCUUGUGGUUAGUUUGCUAUGUGCUGUGCUUAUUUUCUGAAGAAAAUAAGCGUGAAUGUCGUACUGGAUCGUCCUGUGAGUCUGACAGUGACGUUUCAGUUUCUAGGUAAGACUGGGUGGAAGUUCCUGUAAAUGGGAAAGCAGAGGGUCUGUCCUUACAGUUGAGAGUGUGCAAAUCAGAUAACAACUAGCCUUGAAAAUGCCACACCGUCACUUGUACCAGUCUUCCCCCCUGUAACGGUUUAUUAGGAAGCACGCAGUUGCUGAUCCCGAAUAAACACGUAACGUAACGCACGGCUCUGAGCAGGGUUUUGAUUCAGCGCGUCCCGCUUGGAGGAGGCGGUGGUGGCACGGGGUCACGGCAGGGAUGGUGGCAGGAGGAACCCGGAGUUCUCUUCUUCUGUUAUCAGGCCAGCCCCAGCAUGUCCCUGCUCCUUAUCAGCCCUGGCAGAGCUGGGUCCUGCCGUGCUGAGCCUCCAUACAUCCUGCCCCUGGUGCUAUAGGGGCCAGCCCUGCUGCCUCUGGUUUGCACGUAAAGAGGGGCUGCGAGGCACGACGUUAGAUAUGUGGACAAGGCAGGACAGCUGCCAUAGGCACAGCGAAGAGAGGCGAUGCUGGACCUCAUCAUUCUCAGCCUCCAUUUCUUCGUCUGCUUUCUCAUCUCCGUUGCGAUCUGGCGCGGACCAAAGGAUGUGGAUUUGUGCAGCUCAAGCACAGGAACAGUUGAGAUGGAGCCAGAUGGUCUUAUAUUGAUUGGCAAAGAAGGUGACAUAAAGAAGUCCCAAAGAGUAACAGCCGAAGUCAACGGCAGAGAAGUUGUUGUCUUCUACCAUGAAGGGAAAUUUCAUGCUAUGGACUCUCGCUGCUACCAUGAAGGAGGCCCUUUACGUCUUGGAGAAAUAGAGGAUAUCAAUGGUCAAGCAUGUAUUGUUUGUCCUUGGCAUAAGUAUAAAAUUACUUUGGAAACAGGAGAAGGAUUAUAUGAAGGAAUAAACCCUUUGGAGCCAUCACCAACACCACAGUGGCAAUCAAAAGGAGUCAAACAAAGGAUUCAUAAAGUCACAAUAGACAAUGGAAAUGUUUAUGUGAGUCCUCCAGAUUUGUCUGUAAGCUUUGACUCAGAUUAUUUUGCUGACAAGUACAAAAAUAGUGGUGAUUUAUCUAUGGAAAAUAAAAGCAACUCACAAGCAGCAGAGUAAGUCACAGCCAGAAAGCAGAAUCCUGGUGAAUGCCCCAACGAAGAACCAUUGUCGUGAAAUAAAAAUGUACUAUGGCUGUGAAGAUUGUCUACAGAUUAAAUUCUAUUCUUAAUGUUAUGUGAAAGCAUUGAAACACGUAGAAUUCAGUGAGAUAAGAAGCUCUGCAUUGUCAGAAAUGCGACUGAUCUUGUGCCGAUGAUUUUUUUUUUUAACUUGCAUUUCAAAAAGGCUUGUUUACAGCAGAGUGCUUCAUAAUAUUUGAUAUUUUAGAAAUCCUAUUUUGCUAGAAUUGUUUUAAUUUUUAGGAGGGAAUGUAGUAUGUUACUGCUGAUAAAACACAUUACACAGUUUAAGGUAAAUAGUCAGGUGUAAAGGUUAUGUUUAUGUACUUAACAGUUUAUACUUAUAAUGCCUUCGGUAUAAAUGACAUGGAAAUUUUUAACUCUUUAGAUAUGUGAGCAAUCUCUGGAUGUUUAGUAAGUGCCACAAAGAGAAGUACAAAACUUGAGCACAUUUUAGUGACCUUUUUUAUGCAUAUUUGUGUAUUACUACCAUGAGUCCAUAGAAGUACUGAUUUUCCUUCUCCUCAUUGAACUCCUUUUGGUAGUUCAUCAAAUAAUGUGACAAGCAUUUGUCAUGUAUAGCUUGUUCUCCUGAUUCUGUUGGAUCAGGAAGAAGCUGUUGGGUAUAAAAACCUGAUACGUAAUGUA